AUGGAAUCCAGCGACAAUAUGACGAGCCACAACGCACAGACUCCCUUGAACAUCGACGAUGAAGACAGUGAUUCUGGUUCAGAUGCAUCGAACUCGACUGCUGUGUAUGAACAUGAGGCUUUCGAGAGUUUUCAGCAUAAAGUACUUGCGCUCGGCACAGAGCUCCGAUUGGAUUUUCAAGGCCUCGAGAGGCUUAAAGGAGGCUGUCACAACCGUAUCAUUGCUUUGACUAUGCACAAUCUUUCUAGUGAGACAGGAUCUGAGGAUACAACAAAGGCCAUCCUGCGGAUUCCACGGUUUGACGAACCCGUGUCUCCUGGGAACGAAAUCGCCGAGCACACGAUCGCGCACAGAGCCGGAAUCCAAGCGACAGAAGACACAGAGAAUCCUUACCUCUGGUUCCGUGAAGCUAUCAACGACAAUCUACCGCCAGAGAGUAGCCAUCUGGAAAUACUUGAUGGAGUCGCCAUCCUGAAACUGCUUGCCCGCUCCAGCAUUCCGGUUCCUCGGAUUCUAGCUUUCGAUCCAACUCGAAACAAUGCGCUAGGAUUUCCUUAUUCACUGUAUACUCGUCUCCCUGGAGUCACCCUUGGUGACGUAUGGAAGGAUAUGCCUACGGAUGGUAAAAUCAAUAUUGCAGGCGAGCUUGCCACACUACUCGCUGGUCUGAAUACAAUUCGGUUUCCUCAAUCCGGCAGACUCCUCCACGAUCAUAUCACCACGAACGUGCAGUCACCUCUUGACCAUUCCAAGCGCAGCGAAGUCGGACAUGACGUGGUGGUGGGUGGCUUCGGCAGAGGGUUCGCCGGCUUUGAAGAAAGAGACAAGCCCACUGUACUAACGACUUCAUCGCUAUACGACCUUCUUAGAACUCAUCUCGACGAUAAGUUCCAAUACGCCAAGUUCAUGCAUCCCGAAGAGUCAGAAGUUGAGUUCGCCAAGUUGCAGGCUAUGCUUCAAGAUAUGAAGGACAUGAACUGGUUUGAUCCAGAUGAUGGAAGUGCAGAGUACAGCAUCAUCAACCAUAAUGAUUACGAUCCCAGGAAUAUCAUCGUCGAACUUCGCGAAGAUGCUGAUGGAUCCUCCAGCUGGCAUCUAUCUGGUAUCGUUGAUUGGGACGACGCUCAUUGUGUGCCGCCGGUGCUGACCAGGCGACCUCCCCUAUGGCUGUUUGACUUCGUUGAUGACGACCUGAUACCUGACGUGGUAUGGAAGUAUUAUGACAUGGAUCAUGAUAUGAUGCCACUUGAGUACUACAAAGAGACCAACACAGAUCAUCUCACUUUAGAGGGUGCCAAGAUCAAGGAACGCUUCGAACAGGUUAUGGUUGACAAGAUCUACUCCCCACGGCAUGGUGCCAGGGCCAUGGAAAUCUACCAGGACGACACGUACGGAAGAGGUCGUUGGCUCAGACGUGUAUGGCGCUUUGCCAACGAAGGCAUGUAUGACAAUAGUCACGAUCGUAGAUUCAGACAAGUACUUAAAGAGUGGGAGGAAUUCAAGAAGACAGGUCAAGUAUCCCACCGCACAGUAUUUGGCGAGGAAGACGAUUCAGACGCAACGAACUCGACUAUCGCCUACGACCACGAGCCUUUCGAAACCUUCCAAAACAAAGUCAGUACCUUGGGGUCCGAUCUUGAUGUUGUCUUCGACGACAUUGAACACAUGCGCGGAGGAUCUUUCAACCGUGUAGUCCCUGUGACUCUGCGCAACCCGCCAGAGACAGCAUCAUGGAUCGACGGGACGAGAGCUAUCAUACGUAUACCCCGUGUCUGGGAUGGAGAUCUUAACAAAAUCCCUGCUGAUGAACAUGGUCGGACUUGCAAAUGCGAUGCACAUCCUGAGCGUCAAGUAGUUGUCAGUGAUGAACACGAGAGUGAGUCAGGGAGCACUUCUUCGACUACUGAGGAGGUCAUCAAAAAUCCUCCAACCUUAGAAGGUCCGAUUGGAACCGAAGUGACAGACUCAUCCCCCAAGAAUCCGACCUCAGACAAGGGCUCAUCAUCCGAAGAGAAUGAUGAUGAUGGUGCAAGCGACGACAGCGACAUCAGCGAAAUAAGCGACGUCAGCAACAUCAGUAGCAGAAGGAGUUUGAGCAAGGAACCAUUUCAAUGGGAAAUCCUCGACGAGACUGUGCUCUACAACCUGCUUGAGGAUGCCGGCAUCCCUGCACCGCGUAUCCUAGCUUUUGAUGUCGGCCGUCACAACGUAUUGAAGUUUCCAUACUCGAUACAGACUCGUCUGCCUGGUGUUACCUGGAUCAGUGUCAUGAGAGACAUGCCUCUCGAAUUCCAGCUUCUUCUGGCUGAGGAUCUAGCUGAUGUCAUGGCUCGUCUACAAACAGUUCACUUCGAGUCAUCCGGAAGGCUUCAAUGUAACCAGAAGUUGGAUACGCCCCUUCGAUUGUCUCUUGAUUCUUCAACCCGAGAAGAGAUCAAGGAGAAGUUGGAGAUUUGGGGCUUUCCUAAAGAAGUCGGAGCACUCAUGGACAGUGCAAGAACCUCGCCAUGUCAACCAGUUUGGAAUUCGCUCUACGACCUUCUGUUCUACUCGGUGCACGAUCUUCUCACUCGUGAGUUGCAGCAAGUAACAUCCCAGGGCCCCUCAGAACAGCUUGUUCGGAUGUACCUCAAACUGAAAGAUAUCAUACAAGACAUGGAUCAUAUCGGUUGGUUCUCAGAGGCGGACAAAAGGCCAUCCCAGAGCGUUCUAUACCACUGGGACCUCGAAGCACGCAACAUCAUGAUUGAGCGGACAGGUAACGAUCCGUCAAGUCCUUGGCGAAUCUCAGGUAUCAUUGACUGGGAUAAUCCUCAUGCUCUACCUGCUGUGUUGACUAUGAAGAGCCCGAUUUGGCUUUGGGAUACCUCGGACGAUGCUGAACUCCCUGAAGAAGUUCAAGAGUACUAUGACAACGACUUUGAUUGGAUGCCUCUCGAGUACUACGAGAAAGAAAACCCUGCACAUCUCAACGCUGAUGGUAUGAAAGUCAAGCAGCGUUUUGAGGAGGCGAUUGUCAAGAAACUUUACAGCAAGCAGUACGGCGUAGAUGCCCACGCCAAGUAUCUAGAUGAUGCAUAUGGCCGGGGUCGCUGGCUUCGACGCAUAUGGCGAUUUGCAAGCGAAGGCAUCUUUUCCCAUCCAUCACACUGGCGUCGUAUGGAACAGCUCGACCGGGAGUGGAUGGAAUACAAACGAGCGAACGGCAUCGAGUAUGACCACAUUGAAUAUGCGAAAACACUGCGUGUGUACUCGUCGUCCGUGCAAUACAACACAGCCAGGAACGAAAGCCGAAGCGAACCCACAAGCAACAUUCAAGAAGCUAAUGCAGAGUCGAAGAUCGAUACCACUGCAGAAACCAACAGUUCUCAGGACGGCAAGCUUCAUCUCGUCAUACCUGGCCAUUCCGUCGCAACUUCACCUGCAGACGAUACUGCUGGAAUUCCAGAGCAGAGGUUACCACGCUCCAAGACUUUCAGCACUUUCCUGCACUCUCUCAAAUGUGCUCCUUCAUAG